AUGCCUGAAGUGGUGGACGAGCUGAAGUUAUUCCUAACGAACUUGGCAAAAGGGUCCGAAUCUGUUGACGCGAAGGAUCUGUUGAGCGCAGGGAUUGCCGACAAGUCCAUUAUACAAAACAUUGAGGCCAAGCUCGGGGGAAGCCCCUGGAAUGUUCAAAGAUUGAUAGAUCUAGGCAUAGAUACAAUUCAAAGUGGGCAUACGCAUGGUGUAGAAGAUGGCGAAGAUGAUGAGGAUGACGAACCGAAGGACGAACUGGAGCAAAGGCAAGACAGCAGCGAUGACUUCAUUUCCGAUUUGGGAAGUGCACGCGUGGUGAGGUGUCAGUUGGGUCUGCCCGUGGAUGGGGAAGGUUACGGUGGGGGUGACGAAGAGAGUGAUGGCCACCCGAGUGAUGGAUCGGAUGCGUCAGAUAAUUUCACCGCUAGUCAGACCGCUAGUCAGACCGCUAGUCAGACCGCUAGUCACACGGCUAGUCACACACCUAAUCACAAUGGCAACCAAAGAGCCGAACGUCGAGACCGCCUAGGAGAGACACCCAUAAAAGAAGCGAACUUCUUUCAGGAAAAUGUCAAUUUACGGAACUGUGUCUCCAUUGGAGAAGAAGUGAAGAAGGAGGCACAAGAGAGCUGUAUUAAUCUGCACCCCGUAGUUAAGGAGUUCAUUUGUUUGGUAGUUUUUUUAUUUGCUCGAAUAAGGGAGGAGGGAGGAGGGGGGGAUAUCUCAUACGGAGGAAACGCACAGCACAGUGUCGAAAUCAGUAGUGAUGGUAGUGGUGGUAGGAAAUCCGACGGAGUUGCGCAUGGACAAUGCAACACAUUUCGCGAUAGCCGCACGGGACCCACCACAGAGUACGAGGAGGGCGCACCAAAUACAUACUCUGAGAAGAGGAGAAAUGUAGGAAAAGUGAAAUAUCUGAACAGGUCCAUCCGAAAAUAUCCUUCCCUCUAUAAAAACAUAUCCUGGAAAGGACACCAGGGAGGGGAGGAUCCUUCGUCGAAUUCUAUCUGUACCAGUGAAGAGAGCAAUAACGAGGAGAGAAACUUCCAAUUCAGUGGGUACUCAAAAGGGAGAAAUAAUUUUGGUCCACAUAGAAAUAAUAGAUCAUCCCGAAAAAUUCACAAUAACUACAAUAGGAGUUAUUACCAUGGGAAAGAUAUAAAGUCUAUGCUAUUCACCCUGAACGAGGAGAACAGGCAUGAAUACAGUUUGGAUGAUAUCGAACAAGCAUUGGCAGAAGAAAAUGUCAAAAGAGUGUGUGAAAAAGUUUAUAAGCAUAUGGAAAAGGUUAGCCAAAUGAAGGAUGACCUAGUGAUGGGAAAAACUCUCCACUUAAUUACAUCCUUUCUUUAUUUAACAUAUACACAUCUGGGAUUGUCUCUCCUCAGAACGAAACAAAUUUUCCACACCAUGUGUCAUGUGAGGAAUCAGUUUGAGGAUUAUAAGAAAAGAAGCAGAGAGGUAAAAAAAGAAUUGGAAAAAAAAGUGAAAACAUAUUUGCAAAGAAUAAAAAUGAAUGAAGAGUGUACAGAAGAAUAUGGGAAACUUAAAGCUUCUUAUGAAGAUAUCAGGAGGGAAAAGGAUAAACUGAAAAAAUACGAGUACGUUGUGCAUAAAUUAAGGAUGAAGAUUCAUUUGUUGGAGGCGGAUAAAGUUCUCCUUGCGAAAAGGAAAGAGGAACUGGAACUUGUGGUCAGACGGAAAGACGCCUACUUCGCUGGAAGUACACAGGGAGAGAAAGUGAAGGAAACCAGGGGGAGGAUCACUCAGGGGAAGGUACAUCAGGCGAAACUCUCCCGCGAAAUGUCUACCAUCGCAAGGAUAACAAAGUUGGUACCGAAGGAAACACGAGACACGUCCAGUGGGAUUCAGUGCACCCUUCAGAGUGACACGACUGAAUAUCCUCUUCCGGGUGGAACAACAAGCGUGUCGGAGAACAACACUAGUGAGAAAGAGCAAACUCUGAACCACAUGGUAGACAUUUCUACAGUCGAUAAACGUUCCGUGGAUAAAUUAAUUAAGCUUCCUUAUUCUGAACCAGAAAAAGAAAACGAAAAGAAAAAAUCAACAUAUCAUAUGGUAAGUAAAUCCGUGCAGACAAUGGAGCAGAUACAGUUGGGAAUGGUUAAUCUUCUCUCUUCGGAAGAAAUGACUGAUGUGGGGGGAAGUGCGCAAGGGGCAAAUGAAACAAGCAACGGAAAAAACUUGAAAAAAGGAAUACCCAGUGAUCGAAGGGAUGCUUCAGCAUUGGUUCUGGAUAUGCAUCAUCCGUGCAGAAGGAUGGUACUCGUUCAUGUAGAGCCCAUUUACAUGGCACACUCUCUCCCGCUACUCAUGUCACAUGGGGGAGGUAGGUCGACCAUGUUGAAUAGGUUCUAUUUUGGUGGGGUUACUCAGUUUGAAAAAAAAAUUAAGAGGGGGUGCUUACCCAAAGGAGUGAUCACCCCCCUGUGGAGAACAAUAAUAAUUGAAAAGUUAUGUAGCCAAAUGGGUGGAACGCAUUUGAGUGGUAAUGCACCUGUUGUCCAUAUGCAACUCCUUCAUGAUUUUGCAGAUAUAUUUUCACGCUUUACUUUAUAUGAUGAAUUGGUAGACGAAAUGGGAGUUCCGAAUGUCAACUUGAUUUGUCGUGGUAUCUGUUUUAUCAAGAAAUGUCUGGAUCGAUUUUCCUCCACAACAAGUCGCAUUCUGAGUCACCUCAUUUCGCACCAGGAGGUUAACACACAGAGUGUAGAAGUUAUCAUCUCCUCCUUCUCUUGGCAUUUCUUUAGAGGAGAAAAAGAUCUGAUCGUAAUGCACCAUGAUGAUAUGUGUGCAGAGGGGGACGACUCCAGUGUUGUAGCUUUGUCUGUAGAAGGGAAAAGUGAAAACCAAGUUGGUGAACUAUCUUUUGAUGUGUUCCAUUGCGAUGAUUACUUCCGCGGAGAUUAUCUUCUGGACGACGAAAACUGUCACACUGAUCGAACCAUCACACAAGAUGAUACAUCAAAUGGAUUGAACUACUUUUUUGGAGCUUUUUCCGAAAUUGGUGUCUACAUGAGGGGGGUGACCCACCAUGGGUUAUCCACCCUUCAUACGGAGAGGAGAGGAAUAUUCACAUGGAACAGAAUGGACCAGGAGGCAAGGACUCACACGAACAGGAAGGCUUCACAACUUGAAGGAGGAGAUGAAUGUACUCUCGGUAAAGGUUCCCCCUUGAAGGAGAUUUACCCAAGGCAUGAAAGAUUCACAAAUUUUUACGUGGAUACAAGGAUACAUGUCAUUUACCUCCCUGUGGGUGGUACGCUAAGGGAAGACCAACUGACGGGGCGUUCGCUAAAUGAACGUAUGGAAUGGUCGACCAUCCAAAGUGGAAGAAUAUCCAAACAGAGUGAAUGUAGAACAAGUCAAUGUUCUCCCCAACAGAGCAACAACCCUAGGAGAAGGGUUUCUCCCAUGAUAUGGGAACCCCCUUUGGGGACGAAGAAAAAAGGAAGAGAGGUGGGAUGGGCAACGAGGAGGGGUGUUAUUAACCAAAGGGGGUGGACAGAAUUAUUGAACGUUGGAAAGACCGAAGGGAUGAUCCCUUGGAGAGUGAAGAAACGGUUCUGGCAUCCCAAUGGCAAGGGAGAGUUCACUCAUGGUAGAGGUACCAGAGAUAAUGAAUAUAUUCAUCCCGGAAGGAAUCUUACAACAAAGGAUUAUCCUUAUGAUGUCAAGGACGGAAGAAAGAAAUUCUUCCUAGUAGGGUGGCGAAGGAAAGUAGGAACAUGUUGCUGGAUUAUGAGGGACAGCACUUCCACAGAGAGUACACCAAGGGAGGAAAAAACUUACCUGAAUAAAUGGUGGAACAGGAAGCUGUUUUACGAAUGGAUAGGAGAGCACAAAAUAUGGAUGGUAGUACUCUCCUUGUUAGUCAUUCUACUUGUCGUUGUUGAUACGUACCUAUUGGACAGAUCAAUCCUUCUGUGUCUCAUGUACUGUGUCUGCCUAGUUGUGCUUUUAAUAUUUUCCGUGAUGAAGAAGUUAAUUCACAUGGUUCACAUUCCAUUUGGUGAGAAGAUAUUGUCGCAGGAUUGGUUGGAUGUCCUCUGUGUUUAUUUCAUUCGCAUGGUGAAUUAUUUUCAUUGCGGGUGGUAUGAAAGUGGAGAGGGAGUCCUACCACCGUCCUAG